UUGCUGUCUCCCAUCACUUUCCCCCCUCAGUGCGAACCCACACCUCUUGUGUUUUCCCACCGAUGCUUGUGUUCAACUCCAACCCAGUUCCCAGUUUAAAGUAAUCGAUGGAGUGGAAGAAGAAGACCCUGACUCGAUAGAGGAGCAGAGUUGCAAUAAAGAAAAUCGCCCGAGGGGAUAGAAAGAGAAGGAGACGAGCGGAGACAGGCAGAGGAGGCGAGGAGAGAGGGGAAGACUGCUUCAGGUGACCGAGUCGCGAUGGAGGCGCACGGCGUGUGUGUUUAGGGAGCACCGCUUGUGGAAGCGCUCGCUUUGUUAAGGUGGAAUACAAAGUGAAGAACCCUCAGAACUGACCGGGACCUGCCUUUGUCCUUUUUACACUUGACGGAUUAUCUCAAGAGUCAUGAACGUGCCGCCACCAGACCGCAGGAAAAACAUGCGAGAACUGGCUUUGGAGAUUGGCAUCCGAGUUCUGCUUUUCGGAGUUUUUGUAUUUACAGAGUUCCUGGAGCCCUUUGAGAGAGUGAUUCAACCAGAGGAGCUUUGGCUCUACAAGAAUCCUCUCGUUGAGUCAGACCACAUUCCCAAGAGGGUCAUGUUCGCAAUUUCAUUCCUCACCCCACUGGCAGUGAUAUUUGUGGUGAAGAUAAUUCAGAGGACGGACAAGACGGAAAUCAAAGAGGCUUGUUUAGCUGUGUCCCUGGCUCUCGCUCUUAAUGGAGUCUUCACAAACACCAUCAAGUUGAUUGUUGGCAGACCCAGGCCCGAUUAUUUCCAGCGCUGUUUCCCAGAUGGAAAACUGAAUGCGAGGAUGCUGUGCACCGGGGAUCCAGAUCUAGUCUCAGAGGGACGCAAGAGCUUCCCCAGCAGCCAUUCCUCCUUUGCAUUCUCUGGUCUUGGCUUCACCUCCUUCUACCUGGCCGGGAAGCUGCAGUGUUUCACGGAUCAGGGUCGAGGGCGUAGCUGGCGUCUCUGUGCCAUGGUGCUGCCUCUCUACAGCGCUAUGAUGAUUGCGCUGUCCCGGACCUGCGACUACAAACACCACUGGCAAGACGCCUUUGUUGGAGGAGUGAUCGGGUUGCUGUUUGCGUACAUCUGCUACCGCCAGCACUACCCACCCUUCCUGCACAUGGACUGCCACCUGCCUUACGCCAGUCUGGCUGCCGCCGCCCACGCACCCUCGCAUCCCCAGGACGACCCGCAACCCACUGACAAUGCCACCACCCUUCCCCUGGAGGGCUUGACUGAAGGGCCAGUAUGACUAGUAGCCACCAUCGAAACUCCCACCAACACCCUCACCAAGCCGCCAAGCCCACCCCCCCGUUCCCAGUGACUUACUGGGGUCUUGUAUACAUUCCAAUGGACAGAAAUACACCUUCCCAUCUCCAUACUGUUACACCCAGUCUUGAUGACACCUACAUUCUUUUUUUGUUUCAUUUUUUUUAUAUCUCGUUCUUGCUCAGCAGCUGUGAAAGUCUAUAUUUAGAUGUGAUGUAUAAGAGGAACCUACAUAUAUGGGACAUCACCACUGAGAGGGAAGAGUGAAAAACAUGUUGAAAACCUGAGGAAACAAGUCUCACUAAUGGCUGUGAAGGAAGAUGAAAAUAUUGCCAGUUUCUGCUGGUAGUUUUUGCUCAACAAGAGAUGUGGCUGGCAGCUUGUUUUAUGGUGGAACAUAUUUAAUGUUUGGCGGUUUAAGGACAAAGACAGGAAGUUGGUAGGACCUGAGAAAUCCCAUGAAAUGUCACAGCAAUCAAUCCAUGAAAUCAAUCAAUCAAUCAAACCAUGAAAUCAAUCAUUAAUUAAACUAUAUAAUAUUGUAUGUCAGAUGUGACAGUCAGAAACAAAAUUUGAUAGAAACUAGUUCCAGAAAUUCAGUGACAUUCUGUGCAUUUCAGUCGGAAAUUCAGAUGUACGCUGCAUUUUCAGAGGGGCACCAAUGUGUUGGUUUAAAACUGAAAGACAUUUGGCAUUACUCUAGAGUCAUGCCCUUUCUGGUUUUAAUACUUUUUGGUUGCCCAUAGCAGCAUAAUGAUAAAUAUUGCCCUAAUACAAAAGAAAGGCACUGGUCCGUGUCAUGGGGGCAUUAUACAGUGUUCCCCACCAUCUAAACUAUGGUAACUCCUCUACCUUCCUCCAUUUUUUAUUAUUCCAUUUCUCCCCACUUUCUUUGGCUUGUACAGUUUUUCAGUGCAAUUCUAGAUAUCAACCCCCCAUCCCCCACCCCCUCAUUCUUUUUCCCUCACACCAACUUUAUUUCUCACAAGUGUUGCAUCUAACACAUGUUCCCAGGGGUUGCACGGGGACAUGAACCCAAAUUGUAGCUCAAUGAGUGCAAUCAAUAACGGGCAGGUGGGAAUGGCGUGGCGGAAGUGCGCCUAGACAGGCACAAAACUCCAAUCUGAUCCUGCAUUAAUCCUCAUUAAGGGAGGUCAGCCACCACUGCUUAUCAGGACAUUAGGACUAUAUGAGUUGCCCCAUGGACUGCCCAAGCAUUGCAAAUGGCUUUCAGGCCACUGCAGCCUGACAAAUAGACAAUCUAGCAUUCAGCAGAUGACAGGCCUGAAUCCGGGACAACGAUUUUGAUGUAUUAUUCAUCCAUUAAAGCUCUGUUAUUUAUUAAUAUUUCCAGCCUUAAUUUAGGGACACUGCAUUGAAACGAAGCAGACACCAAAGAUUUGUAGCUUUUUUCUGCUUGGGUUGUAUGCACUCUGUUAUGCUUUAUUAACAGUGAUGACACAUAGCCAGAUUACUGGUUGCCUGUCAUCAACAAAGCAAUUUGUAGCCUCUUACAAGUUAUGUUGGAAAUGAUGGAUAAUUGUGUUGCCUUGGUUACCAUGUCUUUUUCUUUUUUUAUUGCCAUUGCUGUGACAUUAAUGGGAAGGUGCAAUCUCAGCUUACCUCUAACCCAAUCACACAACAUAGGAAGGGAAUUAUUAUAUAUUUGCACUCACGAGUGAGGAAGGAAAAACAUGAGAUAGCCCGUCAGAAUAGCAUUAUAUGAAGUGAGCACCAAGCCAAAUGUAGAAGGCUAUUUUGUAAUUUUAUUAUCUUGACAGGAUGUAAGUCUGGUGUUUUUACAUUUGUCUGUCUUCACUGUCAAAAGACCACUUGUUUUUUGUAAAAAGCUUAAUUCUGGGCACAAUUUGGCUCGUGGCACAUGAAAAGAUGACGAAAGGUUUUCUGCGUUCAGAAUUUGUUUAAAAGUCAUUUAUUCAAUUCCACUAAUGUCUAUCACUAAUGCAACCCAUUGGCAGCUUUUUAAAACGGUGUUUGUGCGUGCAGGUUUUGAAAAGGCCUAUCCCACAACAAUGCAAUACAAAAUCAAACUUUACAAAGACCGAAGGUUUCACGAGAGGGGGGAGGUACUCGACUCUGCACAUCAGACUCUGUGACGAGACUCUGAGAGUUGACUGGAGGGAAACUCGUAACCUGCUUGCUGGUUCUACAGAGUCUUUCAGCAGGGGUCUGGAGAUCUGUGAGUGUGAGACUUUGACAUCUUGAGGCAGAUUUGGUGAUGAAAUGAUUGCAACACAGAUGCAUUAUGUUCUAUACACCUGCAUUCGCCUGACUUGGCAUCCUGAUGUUUGUACCUUGUCAUUUAGUUUUCUCCUAUUAGAUGGUGCAGUAUAUAUUGGAAAAAAUGUUGUUCAGAAAAUCAUGUCUGUAAAAGUAUUUUUGCUUUUUAAAGAUUUAUUUUUUCCCAGAAUCCUUCAAAUCAUUCCAUGAUUUGUUUUAAUUUGGUGCUAUAGAUACUUUUGUAGAAGUAGGCGUCACUUUUUUCAGACAGUGGAUGUGUCAUUUUGAAAUAAAAGUUCAAUUUUCUACAGAGAAAAAAAGUUAUAUUACAUAUUUCCAUUUUUUCAAAUCAGAUGCUCAAGGGCAACCAGUGCUUGUGAUUUUUUCUUCAAUCAUUUCACCUUCCCAAGGACUGAAGGGAUAAAAGUAACUAAAAAAAUAUCAAAGAAUAAUGAAAUUAUUAUCAACUAUAAUGAAUAGAUGUCUGAAGAAAAAAAAGAGUGUAAGACUUAAGAAUCUUUGUUCAUGGCAUGCCAGUUCCAUUUAUGAGAAAAGACUGUUUUCUAUGAAUAAGCAUGUCUGGCCUUGAGAACUCUUUGAGCUGUGUUUCGCUGUUUAUAUACUUUAUGUACGAUAAAGGACUGCAGCUGUGUGAAAUUUGUCCGUGAAGAAAAACAAAGGAGCCUAAUGUAUCUUGUCAAAGUGUGAUCGUUGGAGCCUGCGUCUGUUGUUGUGACAGGAACUCUGAACCGUUGUAUGUGGAAUGAACAUAUCAUUGGAAACAAAAAUGUUUAGAUUAAAAAAAAAAAAAAAAAAAAUCCACCUUGUAAUCAGAUCAUUGGUGUUACCGCAUUAUUCAUUAUUAUAUGCAAAUCAGCAGUCUUUCACCAUGCAGCAGCGGACAUUUGAAUGAGCUACUGUAUAUUCCAAGUUUGGUUCAGUGAAUUAAUGCUUCAACAGUCCCACUGUCAGACUGCAACGUGCUACUGAGGCAGCUGAGGGAGUGUGUGUGAAUGUAACUCUGUUCUAAGUGUGCUUUUCUGCAUCGGUUGUGUUGCACUCUUGUUUAGGGAAUUUCCAAUAAACGUAUGUAUACUUAA